AUGAUAUCGUUUGACCAAAUUCUUGAAACUAAAAUUGGAACUGGAUUGUAUCAAUUUAAAACUCUCUGUAUAAUCGGUUUGGUUGAAUUUUGCGAUGGUAUCGAAUAUACAUUUAUGUCUAUUUUAAUUGCUAUUCUCAAAAAUGAAUGGAAUUUGAACUAAGCGGAAGUUGCAUCUUUAGGAUCCUCUUUUCUUUUGGGAAUUGUUUUAGGAAAUUUAUUAUGCGCAUUCUCAACUGAUAUAAUAGGCCGAAAAGUUACAUUUACGAUAUUUACAGGUCUGAGUUCGUUUUUGGUCUUUUAUACAAGUUUUAGUCAGUCUUAUGGAGAAAUGAUAGUGCUGAGACUAAGUUUUGGUUUAGUUUUUGGAACCACAUGUCCUUUGGGAUUUAUAUUUAUAUCUGAAGUAACUGAAGCUAAAAACAGAGGUAGAUUUUCAUUUGGACUAUCCUUACUAUAUAUAUUUGGAAAAAUUUAUUUUGUUUUUCUCUGUUUCUUCUUUUUAGAUAGUUAUACAUCAGGCAAUUGGAGAGGUCUCAUUAGAUUUAAUGGAAUACCUAUUACUGUAGCUUUUAUCUUGUCAUUAUUUUUUAUUAAGGAAACUAUUAGAUACUAUUUAAAUAAAGAGGAGUAUCAAAAGGCUUUUGAAGAGAUCGAAAUAAUUAUUUAAGAGAAUGGUAUAUAAAAUGCUUAGUUAUCAGAUGAAGAUGUAAGAAAUAGUUUUUAUUAUUUUAGAAAAAUGGUUUAUAAGAAUGGUCUCAAAAAUAAUUGUAAGAACAAAAAGAACAAGAAUUACACAUAUAUGGAGUGUUAUCAAAUGAAUAUAGAAAGGAAACCUUAUUAUUUUGGUUAAUAUGCAUUCUCACCAAUUUAUAAAACAUGAGCAUUUAUUUAUUGAUGCCCUUCUUAUUUGCAGAAAAUAAAUCAGGAUUCACACCAAUGUUAAAUAUGUUUAUAAUAGAAUUUUUCUUUGCAUUAAUCCUCUAUUACAUUAUUGACAAUCCUUAUUAUGGAGGCAGAAUUAAAAUUAUGGCUUUUUCAGCUUUUGCACUCAUAAUUGCAAACGGCUUAUUAUAUAUUUUUAGGAAUUCAUUUUUAUUUGUAGGAUUGUUUAUAAUUAAAAUUGCUACUAGAGGACUUUUUUCAACCAUAGGGUUACUUUCUUGUGAAACCUAUCCUUUAUAUUUAAGAACUUAAGGAUGUGGCUUGGUUUAGGCAAUAGGUAAAAUUGGGGCAAUACCAUCACCUUAUUUUUUGUUCCCACUAUUUUUUAUUGAUCCAUAUUUACCUUUUGGUCUUAUGUGUGUCUUAUCUAUUAUUAUCUUAACUAUAACUUGUUUUUUUAACUAAGAUAAAACUUUAAAGCAUUUAGAAACAUUAAAAGAAGAAUGA